AUGGAAAUGGGAUCACUAGUCAACGACGACAAGAUUCUUGUCUACCGAUUUUCAACCCUCACGCCGUCCGCACUGCCUACUUUGGUCGAUCGGAUAGCAGAUCCACGAUCCAACGACGAAGAUGAGUCAAAGGAUAGGACCAUUAAUGCAAUGCAAGUUGGAUAUCUGGGCACAGAGGAGGUCCUAGUUACGGCCAACGAUGCAGGAGAGGUGUGUGUAUGGUUCACCAACAACCUCCGAAGGACCCCUCUCUUACUCAGUGUUACAGAGUCGGCUUGGGGUAUCGCCAUUCAUACGGAACGACGGCUGAUUGCCAUCUCGACCAAUGCCCAUACAGUCACCAUCUUUCAUUGCGGAACAAAUUCGCGGAUGUCACCACGGCAUUAUUCGACUCAACCAACAUCGACGCCUUUGACGGCAACAGACGAUCCCACUACUUCUCAACAGAUUCUAUUCGGGCAUGGACAUAACAUCCCCUGUGUCACCUUUAGUCCUUGUGGCCGUUUCGUCGCCACCGCAUCUGUCGAUCGCACAUGUCGGACCUGGCGCCUUUCGGAUGGUCAACAGAUUCAGCAAAAGGCGUUGGGCCCUCUUUGGGGGUGGGGAGUACGGUUCGUGCCCAAAGAGUCAUGGAUGACGAUCACACGGGAAGAAUACCGACGCAUACCUAAGGAUCACUUGCGGCCUGGUAAACAUCCUGGACUGAAUGUGCGGGACUCUCCCUUUUCAACGGCAGCGUUCUCACAGAGGCGACUUCCACCAGGCCGCGAUCUCCGGAUGAUAAGAACGAGAUGGUACGCGGGUCCUAUCCAUGAGGACAGAGCACGGCGACGAGGACAUGGUGAAGGCGGGACUUCAAGGGGUAGAACUGCUGGACAGGAUGCUCAGGAGAAUGAGGACACGGAUGACCACGAUGCUGCACUUUUUGGGAUGGAUGAUGAUGGGGAUGAGUGGGAGGAUACGAGUAGCAGUGACAUGGAAGAACAUGACGGACAAGGUGAACAGAGUGAUGCCUCUCAGCAACAGCAACCUCUAACAAGGAGUGCAACGAACCGUCGAAACGCAGGAUUUGGUUCCUCCACAAACCAGCCACCCACGACUACCUCACGCGCAAGUAUCACCAGGCUGACGUCAGUAGAAGUCUCGGCUGAUACAGGAGACGAUGGCGACAACGAAGGAACCGGAAUGGAUACGGAGGAUGCAUCAGGGACGGCUGGAGAGAGUAGCAGGUUAGCUUCCAGGACAGGGCGCGAGCGGAAACUGGAGCGGCGGUCACUCUUGUCGAUGAAGGCUCUGGAGACGCAGCACUCUCGCGAUCUGGGCGAAUCUUCAUCAGAGCAGGAACAGACGACUUGCGAGGUCCCUGAAACGCUUUCGGAAGCAGCGCCUGAUCCAAUCCAUAUCGAACCAAACGCUGUGGAGGAGUUUCAGCCAGUAACGACAUCGACCUUCCGGAACAAGGGCGCCUUCGCAAACUUGGUCCGUGUCACGCCAUUUCAGAGGGUGAAAACAUCAGGCGCAUCACCAACACCACCACCAGAGUUUCCGGAAGAGCUUUUGUUAUGUGCAACGGCACGAAACAUUUAUUUGCUGAGUCGACAUCCCCUGGCUUCAGAUGUAGCACGGGAUCAGGAGCAAACUCCAUCGGCGCCGAUGCCCUAUGCGACGGAAGUGACAUCUAUCACAUUACUGGACGAUGAAGACGAGGAUGGCGAUGAUGAGAUGGCAUUGACCGAAAAUGCAGAUAUCAACGGAAGCUGGUACGAGGAGCACGAAGAGGAGGAAUCCGACAACAGCAGCAUGGGCCAUCAUCAUCACCACCACGGGCACGACGACUUGGAUGACUUCGACAGUUCUAGCGAGCCCGAGAGCGACGGCGGCACAAGCUCUCAUCCUCAUCAUGACUCUGACAUUGCUAGCUUGCACACGGUCACCGUCGCCCGGUCAGCCGCCACACGUGCUGAUGGAAGACGGUACCACCACUUGGAGCACUUUGACCGGCUCAUUGUCAUGGAGUUGGUCCCAGAGCUGAGCAUUCUUGUCGCGGCCAGUCAGAAGGGUACCAUUACGAUUUUCCGCCUUUUGCGAGUCCUUGAUGAUCCUUCUAUAGAGCCUACUACCGCGGGGGCACCGGUAUCCUCUGACUCAACAGCAACAACAACAGCAGCAGCAGCCGCCUCUCAGGAUGCGGCAUUUCACAGGGACAAGCGCCAUAAGGGCAAAGGGACACUGGACAAGGACACGGACACGGACCGACCAAAGAGCAAGAACCAGGACAAGAACAAGACUAUCACGAUCAAGGGCGUCAAUUUUGUCCUCUUCCCUGAGAUGUAUCUCCCACGUUUUGAGCCACCCCCUUUGCCACUCUAUGGCGUCUCCGUGGUCCCUCUUCAGCGAUCAAAACCAUCACCAUCAUCAUCAUCAUCAAGGAAAGGAAAUGUGACAGGGGGAACGCCGACGUCGUUCAUAUUGCAUCUGAUGUACAUGGACUCUCAGCUCUUUAGCUACGAACUCCGGCUCCGCAAGGAUCGAGAUGAUCCUGUCCGACUCGGCAAUAUCUUUGUCUAG